AUGGAUGCGGAUGAUUCGAGAAUGCCAUUGUCUGAAGACACUAAAACGCCACAAGUUUAUAAAUUAGAAAUCAAAGAAUCGAGUUAUGAAGGAAUACAGGCAACCUUUUCACCAAAAUUUGAUGAAAAUGGAAUAAAAAGAGAUGAAAAAAUGAUCGGACUUACAAAAAAUGAACUAGAACAAUAUUGCAAUGACCCAUUUUGGAAGGUAGUUAGGUGCACAAUUCCAAAAUGCGCAACGAUAAAAGAACCGGAAUGGUGGCGUAAGCAAGUUAGCUAUCAGAUAUUUACACCUUCCUUUCGUGACUCCAAUGAUGAUGGAAUUGGUGAUUUUAAUGGAAUCCGAGAAAAACUUAAUGAUUUACGGAAGACUGGUAUAAAAACAAUUUUGGGUGACACCUAUAAUAACCAUUCAAAAGAAAUAAUUCAGGAUGAUUUCAUCCCUCUCGAUGUGAUUGAUUUCACAAGUGUUGAUGAACGUUUCGGUACAAUGAAUGAUUUAAAAUUGUUGAUAGAUGCAACACAUGAACUAGAUAUGCACUUUACCAUGGAUUUGCCCAUAUCAACAACAUCUGCAUCACAUAAAUGGUUCAAAUCAGCAAAAGCGGGUGGCGAUUACGUUGGUUAUUACAUUUGGAAGGAGGCACUGGAUGUAAAAGAUAACCCAAAUUAUAUUGUUGAAGAGGGCAAAAAGGAUGCUUAUCUAGCUUAUGACGGGAAAGACCCAAUACUAGACUGGAGUAAUCCUGCGGUAAAGAAAAGUAUCUUUGAGGUUGCAAAAAGUUUUAUUGACAUGGGAGUUGAUGGUUUCCAUGUGGAUCGUAUUGGCGAAUUAAUCAAAUAUCUACCAAAAUCAGAGGGAUAUGUGGCACUAUCAAUGAUCAAUGAUUUCAUCGGAAAUAUACGAGAUUAUGCGAAUAGUACUGAAACACCCAGUAGUCGAGAAAUCGCUGUGUUUUCAUCUUUGAGUGACUUCACCAAACUACAAGAUCCUGAUGGUCUCAAUCUGUCGAACCUCGCAUAUGUUAUCGAUGAUUCAGUCACCAAACUAAAUAAUGAAUCAUGUCCAAAUGGAAUAGCACAAUGCUUACACUCUACACUUAUUACAUCUUUCAAAUGGUUCAAUACUACACAUCUUCCACACGCGUGCAGUUCACGAAUUACCACGUUUCUCGUCUCAAUAGUACUGGUCCGAAAACAAAUUUACUGGUUGAUGCAAUGGAAUAGCAGCGAAUACCGCGGUUUCACAGCUGGCAGCCAGAAAUCAUUCUUUUCUACCAUGCUUAAUUACAAUGAGGACAAUUUUCAGACUCAAUCUACUGGUUAUCGCUCACCAUUGAAAACACUGAAAGCGGUGGCAAAAAUGCACCAUCGUGAUUACAAUUUUGCACUUGGCGAAACUCAAUUAGCACCACUUACUCAAGAUGUUAUCUUAUUCGGUCGAUUCUAUCAAUCCACUAAUAGUUUUAAUGGAGCGGCCUACCUGAUUGGCGCAAACUUUGGGACAUCCGACGUUGAAAUAGACGGAAUGUCUGUACUGCCGGAUAAUUAUAUGGCAGCUACAGCGGAAAUCGCUAUCGUAACUCCAAACGUUGACAAAUACUUACCUAGGGACAAAAUAUCAUCGUUUGAUAAAAUUGUUCUUGGCCCUAAACAGGGAGUUAUUAUCAAAGUUCAGUGA